CGGUGGAGACGGGAACGUGAGAGACUAUCCGGGCGGUUCGCAGGUCGAGAGGACGUACUUUCGCGGGUACGUCGUGCGGCUCGAUGUGCGCGAUAAUAAUCGGUCGCGGGAGGACGAGAUAGCGUCGGGUCGGUUCGGUCGACCGAUAGCGCGGUAAGAGACGGCGCGAGAACGAGAGAGAGCGACGGCGACGACGACGGUUCCGCACUCGAACGAGGAAACGAAGCCAGAACUACCAUGGAGGACGACCAGCAGUUCUGUCUCAGGUGGAACAACCACCAAAGUACGCUCAUACAAAACUUCGACACACUCCUCGAAAGCGGGACGCUGGUCGACUGCACCUUGGCGGCGGAGGGGAAGACUCUCAAGGCCCACAAAGUAGUCCUCUCCGCGUGCAGUCCAUACUUUGAGUGCCUCCUCAGCGAACACUACGACAAGCAUCCAGUCUUCAUACUCAAAGAUGUUAAAUUCAAAGAACUUAAGGCAAUGAUGGAUUAUAUGUACAGAGGGGAAGUAAACAUUUCCCAAGACCAAUUGGCAGCACUCCUCAAAGCCGCUGAGUCUCUGCAAAUUAAGGGCCUUUCGGAAAGUAAAACUGCUGGCAGUAGUAAGACGGAGUCCAGGCCACAGAAGUCCGUCUCACAACCCACAGCACCGUCGUUAGACAUUCCACACGCGUCUUCCGGUCUGACGAUAGAAAAGAACAAAGUUCCUAGGCAGAGUUUGGCGCAAAGUUCCGUGGGGGAUAUGCCAGAGGAUUCGGCUAGUCCUCAGGUGUCGAAAGGCCUGUCCUCGAGGGAAGGUUCGCAAAGUCCAACAUCAAGAAAAAGAAAGAGGUUUCGAAGAAGAAGUCUAACCGAAGACAGUACGAUAGAGAACCAGGACGCAUCGAAUUCCAGCGACAUGCCUCAGCAAAUGGGUGUACCGGCGCUUGGUAUCGCGCCAGUGGCAGACGAGAAGGUACACGCAGACACGACAGACUCUCUCGGCAGGUCAGCUUUAAUGACGCAAUUGACGAAACCCGCCGACGAGAUGCUACAGCUGCCACUCGAAAAACCCGAGCCAAACGAUAAUCUCAUCGAGCCAAAGUCUGAAUACCUUGAGGAUGCUGAGGAGGGCGUCGAAGACCUGACGCUGGACGAAGAUAUGAACGAUCUUAAUGAUAUGGAACAGGACAACAACCGAGCUGGACCGUCCCAUGACCCCGCUCAGCACCCCGCAGGUCUUGGCUCAUGGCACGUUACCGGUGACCGAAGUAACGCGGGGGGCGUUGUGGGCUCGGCAGGAGCUACCGGGACGACGGAUGAGGUUUUCCUAGCAGCUCAGGAGGCCGCACAGGCUCAUCGCGACUCACAAGGAGCAGGAGUAGUUGUAUGCGCUGAUAAUCCUGGUAUCAUUAAACAGCAACAAAAAGAUGUUGGAACGAAUACGAGCCCCAUAUUAGUGGUAGAUGCUACCAGCAGAUCUACCGAUUCUGCUGAUCCGAGCAGUACUGCGAUCAGAAAAAUCGGUAGUGGUCAGGAGGAUGGUACGACAGCGCAACAGGCACAGCCGUCAGCAUCAAGUUUGACUCAAUCUCCUUCGGGUGCGUUCACCGGAGGACACCUAGAUUCGCAGCAAGCUACGCAAGGACAAACUGGUACUAGUAUUCCAACGAAUGCAAAAUCGAUGCCAGAACUAACCGGACUCAUACAUCAAUGGUUUGUUCCACUUUUACAUGCAUAUAAAUGUCGACAACGUGAGAGUCAAGCAACGCACGGGAUGAGACAAUGCAUGAUGGACUUGCCGGACUGCCCAAUGAUGCAAGAUUUCCUAGAUCACCUACCGAGAUGUCAAACCGGCAGCAAUUGCACCGUGCCGCACUGUGAGUUCCGCACGCCCGUCGUUCGAAGGUAUACCUGCAAGUACUGCAACAAGAGCUUCACCCAUAAAAGCCAACUUUUCACACAUCUGAGGAAGAACUGUUACUGGAACCCGAGUUCCAUGCGUUGUCACGUGCAGGAGUCAAAACCUUUCUCGUGCUCCAAAUGCGGUGCCUCGUACUCGAAUCAGCAUUCCCUGAUAUGGCACGUGCGUCACGAUUGUGAAUUGGAGCUAGGCGCGAAUAAUUCGACGCGCGGCGAAGGCACCAAGAGAAAGUAUAGUUGCAAGUACUGCGGCAAAGGCUUUACGCAGUCCGGCCAUCUGAGGAGCCAUCAGAAGAGCUCCUGCUACUGGAACCCGAGGUCCACCUGCCAUCAGUCGCAGAAGAUCAGACCGUUCUCCUGCACGCAGUGCGGCGCUUGCUACUCCAAGCAGUCGCACCUCAUCUUCCACGUGCGGCACGAGUGCGGCCGCACGCAGAAGUGCAACAUCUGCGGCAAGACGUUUCUGCACAGCAGCAGCCUGCGAAGGCACCGUCAGAGAGCCCCGUGCAACUUCCAGCUUUGCUAAUGCGCGUGACACCCCGAGCUGUACCACGACUUUGAUCGGAAGACGUUUUCGAAAUCAGUCGCGCACGAUCUCUUCCCUCGUUAUCGAUAUCUAGGAAGACAGCGGCCAGGAUUUAACACGUUUUUUGACGAUUAAUAGACCAGGGGGAACUUUGAAGUUUUGCGAAAUGAGCGGCAAAGAACUUUCAAAUCUCGUGUCGAUACCGCGAGACGUUUCUCAGAGGAUAGGUUUCCGUUGAGAUAUUUUUAUCGAUAUGCCGAAGUGCAGUAUAUACGUCGCCGUAUGGCGCGUAUCGUUUAUAGUGCAACUGAAUACCAAGUCAAAGAAUUAUUGUGAUACGUUACGAUGAAUAUAUAUAUAUAUGUAUAUAAAUUAUAUAUAAUAUUUCUAAAACGAAAAA